CAUCCAAGCUAUUUGGUUGUGAUCAGAUGAUCAGAGCUCAAGGAAGCGAUUGGAGAGCGAGCUGGCUGCAGCUGCACUGUAGGCUGUUUUCAGGGACAAGGAGCCACUGUUUUUCAAACAUAGCAUAAACAUAGAAGUUAUUUUGUAGGCUUCAGGAUGCAGAUAUGGGUUGUGCUGCCAGCAUUGUUCUGCUCCAAGCCUUUCGUUCUGUGGUACAGAGGAACUGUCCACAUAUCUGCAGGCGCCGGCGACGAGAGGAGUUGUCACAUGAAAUUCUGCCGCUGGACAGUGAUGAUGAAAUGAGCAGACCCAGGACUCUCAUCAUAAUGCAGGAAAAACCCAAAUUCUUGGAGCCUUUGGAUUAUGAAUCUGUUAUCACAGAGAUCGAAAAAAAUAUUGGGGACAGCCAGUUCAAGGAUCUGAUAUUAUUCCCUGAUGAUGACUUUUCAAUAGACACAAUUUCACUGGAAAUCAGGACACUGUAUCCUUCUGUACCUGAAGAUGCAGAACAAAAAGCAGAAAAUUUAUUUGUUAGAGAGGCUUGUAAAUACUACAGUUCCCACUGGCAUGUUGUGAACUACAAAUAUGAAUCCUAUUCAGAAGACUUUCGACACUUACCACAAAGUGAAUGUAGACCAGAGAAACUGCCAUCACAUUCCUUUGAAAUCGAUCAUGAAGAUGUGGAUAAGGAUGAAGACACAACAUCCCACUCAUCAUCUAAAGGUGGUGGUGGUGGUGGUGGAGGAGGAUUGGCAGCAGGAGUUUACAAGUCUGGAUGGCUUUAUAAAGGGAAUUUCAACAGCACUGUCAACAACAGCAUUACUGUUCGGUCAUUCAAAAAGCGCUACUUCCAGCUGACCCAGUUGUCAGAUAACUCAUAUAUUAUGAAUUUUUAUAAAGAUGAAAAAAUAUCAAAGGAGCCAAAGGGAUGUAUUUUUUUGGAUUCUUGUACGGGAGUUGUACAGAAUAACAGGCUUAGGAAACAUGCCUUUGAGCUGAAAAUGAAUGACCUCACAUACUUUGUGCUGGCAGCUGAAAAUGAGCAGGAUAUGGAUGACUGGAUUUCUACUCUCAACAAAAUCCUGCAAAUAAAUCCAGAGGGAACCAUUCAGGAGAGGAAGAGUGCAGAUCUCACUGAUCUGAGACUUGACCCUGCAGAAGUUCCAGUGAAUUAUGAUUGCUCUCAAGAAGAGGCAGAUUCCUCAGAGAACAUCUUGCACCCAGACUUCGCAAAAUACAUCACAGAAACAGAAGAAACAGUGAAAGCCUCUCGAAACACAGAGCGACUAAACCUGUUCUCUUUGGAUCCUGAUAUAGCAGCACUGAAUCCUCAGAAAAAGGAGUUUCCAGGGACAAACUCAGUGAUAAAGCCAUUUGAAGAAAAGCCUACAAAGAGGAUCCUGGUUACCUGCAAAUCCCUCAGUAUGAAUCUCCAGGCCUGUGUUACUGAAAAUGAAAAUGAUCCCUUAACCAAUGUAGAGCCUUUCUUUGUGAGCGUGGCACUGUAUGAUGUCAGGGAUGGCAGGAAGAUCUCUGCUGAUUUUCAUGUGGAUUUGAAUCACACUCUGGUUAGACAGAUGAUUUCAGGUUCCUCAAGUCCAUUGGAAAAUGGUGCAGUUGAAAAUAUUGACUCAAAUGAAAUGGAAGAACCACAGGUCAAAGGGUUCCCAGAAGAGUGGCUGAAAUACCCCAAACAGGCUCUUUUCUCCAUAAGCAAUCCUCACUCUGAGAUUGUACUGGUGGCAAAAAUAGAAAAGGUGCUUACGGGAAACAUUGCCAGCAGCGCCGAGCCUUACAUUAAGAAUCCUGAUUCUUUUAAGUGUGCACAGAAAGUGUUAAAAUCCAAUAAACAGUUCUGCAGCAAGCUGGGGAGAUACCGUAUGCCCUUUGCUUGGUCAGUGAGGCCAGUGUUUAAAGAUAAUCAGGGAAAUGUUGACAGAGACUCCCGAUUCUCACCCUUAUUCAGGCAAGAAAGUAGUAAGAUUUCCAUGGAAGACUUGAUUAAACUAAUAGCAGAAUACAGAAGAGCAGAGAAGAUUAGCAAAAUACAGACUAUACCUGGCUGUUUGGACAUUGCAGUUGAUUGUGUUCCUUUGGAACAUCCAAACUGUGUUACUUCAUCUUUUAUUCCAAUCAAGCCAUUCCAUAAUGUAAAGGAGCAUCAACCAACAGUGGAAGUUGAAGAGUUUGUGCAGGAAUCAACAAAAUAUUCUCGACCUUACAGGGUGUACAAGAACCAAAUAUACAUCUAUCCAAAACACCUCAAGUAUGACAGCCAAAAACACUUCAACAAGGCACGGAAUAUAACAGUGUGCAUUGAGUUCAAAAGCUCUGAUGAAGAGGGAGCAAAGCCACUCAAGUGCAUUUAUGGGAAGCCAGGUGGACCCUUAUUUACCACCUCAGCCUAUACUGCUGUGCUACAUCAUUCCCAGAAUCCUGAUUUCUAUGAUGAGGUGAAAAUUGAACUUCCCACUCAACUUCAUAAGAAACACCACAUUCUGUUUUCAUUUUAUCAUGUCACCUGUGAUAUAAAUGCAAAAGCUAAUGCCAAAAAGAAAGAGGCUCUGGAAACACCAGUGGGGUUUGCCUGGCUCCCUCUGUUGAAAGAUGCCCAGCUGGCUUCCCAGGAGCACCAGGUGCCAGUGGCCAGCAGCCUGCCCCCCAACUACCUGAGCCUGCAGGAGCCAGCAAGCACAAAGCAGAUUGGCAGUGAUAUAAAAUGGGUAGACAGUGGGAAACCACUCUUCAAAGUCUCUACUUUUGUUGUAUCAACAGUAAAUACUCAGGAUCCCUACCUGAAUAACUUUUUCCAUCAGUGCCAGGAAAGGGAAAAGGAUCUGUCUCAGCCUCCUACCUCAAACUUUAUCAAUUCUUGUAAGAAUUUAUUGAGGAUUGAGAAGAUCCAUGUGAUUAUGAAUUUUCUUCCUGUAGUCCUGAACCAGCUCUUCUGGGUUUUGGUGCAAAACAAUGAUGAUGAAGUUGCAACAGCUGUGACCAGAGUCCUUACCAACAUUGUUGCCAAAUGCCAUGAAGAACAGCUAGACAACUGCAUCAAUUCUUACGUGACGUACGUCUUCAGGACCAAAUCAUUUGAUGGAAGAACUGUCCAUGAGGAGCUAUCCAAGAAUGUGACUGGGCUGCUGAAAUCAAAUGAACAAAUAACUGUGAAACAGGUUUUAAAGCAUUCCUGGUUCUUCUUUGCAGUCAUCUUAAAAUCAAUGGCACAGCACUUGGUUGAUACAAACAAAAUAAAGGUUUCUCGAACUCGGAGGUUUCCAGAAUCAUUUCAAGCUGAGCUGGACACACUUGUGAUGGUUUUAGCAGACCAUGUUGUUUGGAAGUACAAAGAUGCUCUUGAGGAAACCAGGAAUGCAAACUACAGCACUGCCAGAUUUCUCAAGCGCUGUUUUACAUUUAUGGAUCGUGGAUUUGUGUUCAGGAUGGUCAACAACUAUAUAAGUAUGUUUGGGGUUGGAGAUAGCAAGACUUUGCACCAGUUCAAAUUUGACUUUCUCCAAGAAGUCUGUCACCAUGAGCACUUCAUCCCUCUGUGCCUGCCCAUAAGGUCUUCAAACAUUCCUGACUCUGUGACGCCUUCAGAAUCAGCACAGGAAUAUCGAACAUCAGACAUUCCAGAGUACACACUGACCAAUGAAUUCUGCCGUAAGCAUUUCCUGAUUGGAGUCCUGCUGAGGGAGGUUGGCUUUGCCUUGCAAGAGGACCAGGACAUCAGGCACUUGGCCUUGGCUGUGCUCAAAAACCUGAUGGCCAAGCACUCGUUCGAUGACCGAUACGCUGAGCCGGCAAAACAAGCACAAAUAGCAAACCUGUAUAUGCCACUCUAUGGAAUGCUUUUGGACAAUAUGCCGAGGAUUUACAUGAAAGAUAUGUUCCUCUUCAAUAUCAAUACUUCCAAUCAGGGAUCCAGGGAUGACCUGAGCACGACUGGUGGGUUUCAGAGCCAGACAGCAAUGAAACAUGCAAACUCUGUGGACACCUCCUUCUCCAAAGAUGUUCUGAACUCUAUUGCAGCCUUUUCAUCAAUAGCUAUCUCUGCAGCAAACCAUGCUGACUCCAGAGCUUCCUUAGCAAGUCUUGAAUCUAACCCAAGUACCAAUGAAAAAAACAGUGAGAGAACUGACACGUGUGAAAAGAUCAUGAGACCUUUGUCUUUGAUUGGGUCAACUCUUCGUUUUGACAAGCUGGAUCAAGCUGAAACUAGAAGCCUUCUAAUGUGCUUCCUUCACAUCAUGAAAACCAUUUCAGAAGAUGCACUGAUUUCCUACUGGUUGCGAGCACCCUUCUCAGAAAUCACAGACUUUUUCAGCAUUUUAGAGGUUUGUCUGCAAAACUUCAGAUAUCUAGGAAAACGCAAUAUUGUCAGGAAAAUUGCAGCUGCUUUCAAGUUUGUCCAGGCCACCCAGAAUAAUGGAACGCUGAAAGGUUCAAACUCCUCUGGCCAGGCGUCAGGGCUGCUCUCACAAUGGAUGCAUUCUACUUCAAGUCACGAUGGCCACAAGCACCACAGAUCUCAAACAUUACCAAUAAUCCGGAGCAAAAAUGCAUUUUCUAACCCCAAACUCUUGCAGAUGAUAGAGAGUAGCACAGCAAGCACCUCCAAUGAAACAGACAUUGUUCAGUAUGUAGACACAGAGGCAAACAUUGCUACAGAGGUUUCCCUCAUAAUCCUUGACCUGUUGUGUCUUUACACUCUGAAUCACCAGAGGCAGCUCCAGCAAUCUGACUGCCAGAAUGUGUUGAUGAAGAAGGUCUUUGACACACACAUGCUCUUUUUGCAAAUCAACCAGUCAGCAGCAGCCCUCAAACACGUCUUUGCUGCUCUCCGGCUGUUUGUGGGCAAGUUCCCAUCAGCAUUCUUCCAAGGACAAGCAGAUCUCUGUGGCUCCCUCUGCUAUGAAAUCCUGAAGUGCUGCAACCAUAGGUCACGUUCAACUCAGACAGAAGCAUCUGCUCUUCUUUAUUUUUUCAUGAGGAAGAACUUUGAAUUUAACAAGCAGAAAUCAAUAGUCAGGUCCCAUCUACAGCUCAUCAAGGCAGUGAGCCAGCUGAUAGCGGAUGCGGGGAUUGGCGGAUCUCGAUUUCAGCAUUCGCUCGCAAUUAUAAAUAAUUUUGCUAAUGGAGACAAGCAGAUGAAAAACGUUAAUUUCCCAGCAGAGGUGAAGGAUCUGACCAAGCGCAUCAGGACGGUUCUGAUGGCCACAGCUCAGAUGAAGGAGCACGAGAAGGACCCUGAGAUGCUGGUGGACCUGCAGUACAGCCUGGCCAAUUCCUAUGCCAGCACCCCUGAGCUACGCAGGACGUGGCUCGAAAGCAUGGCCAAGAUUCACGCAAGAAACGGAGAUUUGUCAGAGGCUGCUAUGUGCUAUAUUCAUAUUGCUGCUCUCAUUGCAGAGUACCUGAAGAGAAAAGGUUACUGGAAAAUGGAAAAGAUUUGUACCUCACGUAUGCUCCUGGAAGAUGCUCAAGUCUCUGAUAGUAAUGUGUUACUAACAACUCACAAUGGAGGAAGCUUGUUUUCCAUGGGAUGGCCUGCUUUUCUGAGCAUCACCCCCAACAUUAAAGAAGAAGGUGCUAUGAAGGAAGACUCUGGGAUGCAAGAUACUCCCUAUAAUGAGAAUAUCCUUGUGGAGCAGCUGGAAUUGUGUGUUGACUACCUCUGGAAAUCUGAGAGAUAUGAGCUUAUUGCUGAGGUCAACAAGCCCAUCAUUGCUGUUUGUGAAAAGCAGAGGGACUUUAAAAAACUGUCUGACCUGUACUACGACAUCCACCGCUCCUACCUGAAGGUUGCAGAGGUGGUGAACUCUGAGAAACGCCUCUUUGGCAGAUACUACAGGGUGGCAUUCUAUGGGCAGGCUGUGGUAAGUCUAGUUCUGUUGCAUGUUUUGUUUAAUUCUCCUCACACAUCCUUCAUCCUUCCCUCUACUGUUAAUUGACAUUAAUUUUCCUGUGCUCUCGAUUCUUUGGUUCAUGGCAGAUAAAAUAACAUUGCUGCAUUCAUUGUUGCAUCCUGCAAACUAACUUUUGUUUGUUCAGUUACCUGAACUACUGAGCUGUACCUAUCAUCAUGUUGUGUGUGCACUGUGGGGCCCAACGCUGCUUCAUCUCAUCUCAGUGGAAGUUCCUCUCAGCUCCACUGGGAGUGGGAUUGGAGCCCCUCUUCCUCUGUUGCAAGUCCUGGGGUGGCAUUAAUGCUGUUUGAAUGCAAGCCUGCUUUGCUGGCCUGCACUGCAGCUCCCAAGGGCAGGGCUGCAGGGUCAGUCUGGGGUCAUGGCAGUGGCCACUGGAGCACUCUGGGCAGGUCAUGGCCAUGGCCAAGGUCCUGGCAGUCCCUGUAGGAGAAAGCAAAUGGAAUUCAGGGGGAAUGGCAGGUCCUGGCUCUCUGGACAGAUUAGCAAAGCUGAAUUUGCCAAAUGCAAGGAGCUGCACCUGAGGAAGGGCAGAGUUUUCCUUAUGCCUGGCCUUCCUCAAAAUGACAGCAGAGCUCUCCCAGAGGCAGUGGCUCUCCCAAGGGUAAUUUAGCUGCAGCACUUCUGGGUUAGCAUCUCUGUAACAAUGCAAUGACUUCCCAGGUGCCAGUGCCACAAGGACAGCUUCAUUUAAACAGCUUUAGUGCUCUAAAGGGUAUGACUAUGUCACAGCUGUGUCUUCCUCUGUCUGUUCCCCCCAGGCACUGGGCUCUAAAGGCAACAGGCACUGCUUUCCCCUUCCCCUUUGCAGGAGAGGUGUGAUGUGGCUGCUGUUCCUUAACUGAAACAAAAGCUUGCAGGGAAAGCAGAUUAAAGAACAAAAGAUUAAUACUGGGAGGGAGAAUAUUGGGGGUUCUGAGUGGAGAAAGAUCUGCUGCUGCACCUGAAAAGUGUUCUUCAUGCAAAGGCAGAAUUUGGUUACUGCAUUGCUGCAGGGACCCUGUGCAGGGAUGGUUUGAAUUAAUAUGAUCCUCAGGGGGGACACAGUCAUCUGUUUUCACCAGCAAGAGUUAUUUGCCAGCUCAGGGAGCUGGAUCUCCGGGCAGCUGCUGGUUCAGACUGCACUUUCUGUUAAAGGCCUUUGGUGACAAUGUCUCAUUGCACCCCCAAGUGACCACACUGGCCAGUGCAUAUGAGUUUACUCACAGAUGAGUGUUUGAGAAAUCAGUAUUUUUCUUUAAUUAAGAGCCAAAAAGUCCUGAUAAAUGUACUGAAUACCUGAGAACUCAUAUUGUGCUGAAAAGCAAAGGCAUUCAAGAGCUGGUUUUCAGAGCAGUGUCAGGCAAAGGCAGAGCUGGGGUUUGUUCUGCUGUGUGUACAAGAAGCUGGAGAAGUUGGAGGGCAGAGUUUCAUAGUGAUCACAAUCACUUACUGUGGGGUGAGACAGGGAAAGAAACAUGGGAUGCCAAUUCCUGGCAGGGCAAGCCGAAGGCUUUACCUCAGCACCUUUCACCAAAGGGCAGAGAAGGGUCUGUGAGCUCCAAGGCUGUGUCUGGAGGGGUGUGAGGAUGACGAAGGGCCUUAUCAGAACUCCCACAGUGAUAACUUACCUCUCAGAGGAUCAGAGCUCAGUGGAAGCCAGUAACCUGCUGUUCAGGGGUCAUGUGCCUUCCAUCAUCAUCAGCUGCUCCCUGUCACAAUUUUCAUCUGUGAGGCUGCACUGUCCUUGUAGGACCAAACCAGCCAGGAUGGAAAUAAUCCAGGGAAAUGCAUCGAUAAUGUAACCUUGGCUGCUUAAUAUUUUAAAAUCCU